AUGGCCCCAACGCUCGCAGCAGUCACGUCCCAAACGGACCCAAGACGCGAUCCAGCCAAUGAUGAGCCCACAGUGAUCCACCUCGAUAAGGAGGAACAAGGAGAAAACGGGGCUGGAGCAGGAGGGAUCCAAGAUAAAGAUACCGCAACAUCGAUAACAGCAGAAACGACAGUAACGACAACAACAGAGUCAAUACGAACUUUGCUCUCGACUGGAACUGGAUCUAUUGUUCUUUCUAUAGAACCAUCAGAUGUGUCAGAGAGCGUCAAGGACGAUGGCUUGGUGUUAGUCGAGGAGUAUGUCAGCAUCGAGGAGCAAUCGACUGGAAGCGACCAUAAACACCCCGUCAGGGAUACCAUCCAACCGACGACCACCUCUUCCUUCCACAUCACCCAGAGUACAGCCGUUUGUGUCGACAAGGAGCGUCUGGUUCCACAGCUGGAGAUUGUGCCAUCUAAAUUAGAUCUGCCAGCCAAGGACCUUUCCUCCCGCAAAUCGUUUUCCUUGUCACCCCUGCAGACUUCGCCUACCGCUUCCAUCGUCAAAAAAUUCAUUCCCAUUCCCGCAACAGCAAUCCAAGCAGCGACAAUGGACUCGGAGAACCCCUACUGUUCCACCUCAAUUGCUCCCGUCUCUGCCGUAACCUCUCCAACAUCCACCGUCCCCAACUCUGCCCCUGGCUUCAACUUUCAUUCGUCUACCUCUGGUCCUUCCUCUGAGCAAGGCUCGUAUCUUGGAAUCGAAUCGCCUUACCCAUCACCGACACCAGCAUCUUCUCCCAUUGACUAUUUUUCCGCCUCGUGGAUCCUUCCUCCCAUCCCCUCCUUUUCAGAAAUGGGUCUGACGUUUGACAAGAGCCGAUCUAGCACCACCAACAGUAACACCAGGCAUGAGACAUCCGAUAGCGCCCAAGGUCGUCGUGAGAACGAGAGUACAUCCAUACCGCAUCAACAAAACCACAUCUCUCACGCUACACACAAACCACAUCGCUCAGGGACGGACCAACAGAGCGCUGGUACGAACGCAAGCGAACAUCGGCAGCAACAACAACAGGAAAUCGUUACCGAUUACGAUCCUUCUUUCUUCGACCAGAUUGCAUCGGAUGAGAACGAGGCAUACAUUCUCUGGAGUACGACACCCGAGUCUGGGACCGGCAGUGCAGCGGUCUCGGCUUCCAUAAUCGAGACCAGUCCAGCGGUAACACUCUCGAGGAACAACAAAUCAGGGGCCGUUCUUUCUCCCUCUGCAAGUCAGCAGUCCGCGCAGAGUAUACCGACUCCUGAGCCUGCGUCCUCAUCCACUCCCUCAACGGUCAAGCGAUGGUCUGCAGGAGAGAGUAACAAGGCCAAAAAUCAAGGAAGAGACUCGUUCGACCACGAAAGAGUGCGUGCCCAGACACCCACAGCCACAACGCCAAGUCAGGAGACCUUCACGGCCCAGUCCACUGCUCACGGUGGUGCAUCCGAAGCUGCCUUCUCGGGCUCAAGUCAGCCGUCUUCACCCAGUCUCACGAAGCCACCUGAGAGGAUCAGCGGGCCCAUCUCGAUGCCCAAGCCAGGCUUUUCCAGUUCCUCCACCUCGUCCAAGGCGAACGCAAAAGGCACGACGGCCUUAGGAUCUGCAACAAGCAAGUCGGCUGCCAACCAGGAGAGCCGUGUGAUCAUGGCAGCAACCAUCGAAAAGUUGGUUGAGAAACUCACAAGCGAUAUCGAUUAUACCUUCCUUACGGACUUCUUCCUCAUCUAUCGCCUGUUUAUCUCUCCACCUGCCUUGCUUCGACUCCUGAUGGCCCGCUUUCAUUGGGCUCUGACCGAAGACACUCCUAAGAGGCAGAUUGUUCGGGUCCGGACCUUUGUCGUGCUUCGACAUUGGCUAUUGAAUUAUUUUGAGUACGACUUUAUGGGGUUCAGACUCCUGCGACGUACAUUGAUCCAAAAUCUGAAGCUGUUGAUUACCCAUCCCAUCAUCUGCUCAAGCGUUCGAGACCAGCGAAUAGUACAUGAGCUGAGACGGCUUUUCCAACUUAAGCGCAAGCAGUAUAGCCACACCGCUGCCCAGCGUUCCCUCGAGGGUUCGACCGCCAAAAAGGAGCAUUCGAUCCGCUCCGUGCAGCAUGACCAUGCCGAGCAUUACGGAUCUGAGCGGUCGGUAUUUGAGGAGCAACCAUCUGGAUGCGAGUCAAGCGAUCAGGACUCUGAACUCUACUCGACCGAUAGUCAGAGCGAAUACGACGAUAUCCAGGAUGAUAACGACGACGUGGAAGACGAAGAAGCUGAUGAUAAUGAGGAAGAAGAAGACGUGUACGAGGAGGUGUCCAAUUACAUCGUCGACGAAGGAUACAGUCAGCGUGACCAGGUUACGUCCGACAACGGCAAGGGCGGCUCCGAUCUUGAAGCUGAGGAAAGGCCUAAUGUAGAUCGACGCAGGUCUUCCGUCACUGCCUCCAUCAUCAAAGCUCGCCUUCCUUCACCAACAUUCUCUGCAGGGUCCAGCCAAUCGAAUGAUCUCGCUUCGGAGUCCUUCUCGUCAAGCCACCAUCACCAUUAUCACCACCAUGUCAGCGCCAGUGCCGACGCCGCGGAUGGUACUGGAAAUAUCCAUUCUCGACCACGAGUUUCAGAGUCCUCAGAUUCACCUCACCACUAUCAUCACCGGAGUCACACCGUCCCUCACUUUCACGAAGCCCGACCUGCGUCUCGUCCUCGACCACUGUCAUAUGUUUCGACGUCCAUUGAUACAACCAGCUCACAUGCGUUCUCGCCCCCAGAAUCGCCAUUGCCGCUGGAUGCCUACUCGUCCUCUCGUCCUCUCUAUACUUCAGGACCGUCCUCGAGCGACAAAAAGAAGACUUGGUCUCAGUAUAUGGCCGCCACUGUCGGACAACUGUCAAAGGUCAAGCGCGUUUUCAAGCCAAAGUCAUCGCAAUCGAUCCAAGAUCUUCGGAGCGGCGGAUCAUCCACGACAACUUCAACCCAGCCUUUCAUUCCCCGUAGUGGAGCAGUGGAUCGAGAGUUUACCAAGUUUGCAUCCAUGAGGUCAACAGCAGGACCAUCUCGGUAUUGGAACGAGGGCCGGAUUCAGAGCGAACACAGGGUAUCUCAAUCUGCGACUAUGUUGGAUGCCAUGACCACCACCAACAGCAUCGUCUCAUACGAGGAAGGCUAUCACGGAGUUAGGGAGUAUCACAGUGGCUAUGAACACGGUGGCACGGAUCGAAGCGGACAAUGCUCAAGCGAUGAGGAUGAGGAUUUGCGGUCAGAAUCAACCAGAAAGAGCAUAGGCGACCGCGCCAAUUCACGCGCCAUGAACCACCGCGUGGACCAGAGACAUUCUUCAACAACCCAAGGUCGGAAUCAUGGAGGAUCACGGAUAGCCGCAGCAGCAACACCCACGGAGUACGGAUACAACACAGUGGAUGAAGGCGAGCAGCGCCGAUUGUCGAGACCAGCCUCUCCUCGAGGAUUGGAUCCCCUUUCGGAUGAUCGAGAGUUGAUUCAGGAAGAGCGGUCGCCUGGCCACGGUCUCGUUCCUAUAGAAUGGGAUCAACUGCCUUCAUCAUCCAUCAACUCGCGGUCUCUUCGUCGCACGACUCCCAAACGAGACAAUCGCGCGUCUUGGAUGACGUUCUCGUCGACCAGUUCAUCCAUCUUUGGAGCUGUUCUGACCCAGAAUCACGUUCCACCUAGUCAAACUAUCAGGAGAGGAAGCGAGCAGUUGAACGUUGAGCGGUUUGUGGAACGGACAUUUGGAUCGAUCGCAUCCCCAGCCGUCCCAGCAGGAGAACAUCGACCUGCGUACAGGAAUAUGACGCGUCAUAAGAGCACCGACGCCCUCAAGACAAUGGCAAGCCAGGACUCUGGGAAACCAGUAUCAGCAGCAGUAGAACCACUGAGUAACAGCGAUUUAACUGGCGAGAACACUAUCCAGUCAGCUAGUCCUGGGAUAAAUGGAGGACGGAGAAGCCACACGGUUGCCCAACAUCCUCACCGCCAGACAGUCCCUAUUAUGCACCACCACUACCAUCAUCAUCACUAUCUCCAGAAUCGCCAAAGCCUUCAAGACUACCCUCCCCAGCGACGCCAUUCUUCAGAUGUCCAAACCCUCCAAGGAUGGUCCACCAGCACGAAAACCUCAAACGUCGACAAGAGAAACUCGACAGAUUUCAGCAGAGGCGCCUUUCAAAACCCGAUCUCGCUGCUGGAGGGCGCAGCUUAUGUUGCUGCACUUCAGGAGACUCAACGACAACUGAAACUGAUGUCCAAUCAGCAAGGUGGCCCCAGAGCAGCGCCUUCUCCCCCGCCUGUCACGAUCCCACCGCAUUCUCAGACAUUCCGAGGACCCAACAACAAUGGCCCUCACAGCCCGGACUUUUCUGUCAAGAGCAGCCACAGGAUAUCGGGAGGAGGAUCUGUGGAGGGUCGUUCGUACUCGAACCCGAACUGGCGCCACCUCUCCGAUCCUGACGUCAACCCGCUGGUCGUCAACAACAGCAAUGGUGCCAAGUCGCCUCCAAAGUCAAACCCGACUUCAACAGGAACAGCGCAGCAGCAACGAGGCGUCAACCGGAUCAGCGCUUCAUGGUACAGCAGUCCCUCAUCUUCUUCCCAUGGAGUAACACAACAACAAACUCGGUCGCAAUACGAGAACAGCUAUAGCCAACAGCGAAGUCCAAUGACGCCACGGUUCCAGAGCAUCAUGUCAUCAGCAUCGACCGUUCGGGAGUAUCCUCGUGCAUCAACGUCGGUUGUGCUUCGGCACCGGUCCGAGGCGAUUGCUCAGCAGAUGUGUCUGAUCGAGCGGGAGCAGUUGAGCGAGAUCCAGUGGUUUGAGUUGGUCAAUGCUGGGUGGAAGAAGAAGAAGUCGCCCGAGGCUUCUUCUAAUGCUGGAACGAAGGCUCCUGCGCCUUCGUUGAGUGAGGAGCAGAAUGAUGACGAUGAUGAGGCAGUAGACGGCGGUGAUGCUGAGGGUUCGGAGGUGAAUCGUAAGAGCAAUUUGACGGCUUCUGGACGAACGAGUGAGCGGCCGCACCAAUCUUCGGACAGCCCAAGCGUCGUCCGCCUUGUCGACCGCUUCAACCUCACGUGCAAUUGGGUGACAUCUGAGAUUCUCAAGACGACCGAUAUGGAGACAAGAGUCAAGGUCAUUGAAAAGUUCAUCCGCAUUGCCCAUACAUGCUACAGCUACCACAACUUUAGCUCGUUGACACAAGUGAUGCUUGGCCUCCAGGCACACGAGGUCUCAAGGCUCUCACGAACGUGGGCCCGCGUUCGCUCACAGGAAACCAAAAUGAUGGAAGACCUUGUCGAGUUCACGUCGCCCUUCCACAACUGGAGACACCUGCGUAAUGCCAUGAAGACGAUGGCUGACGAGUGGGGUGGCGCUGCAACGGGUCAAGACCCCGUACCGGUCUCGGUUGCUGUCGACAUCGCUUCUUCGUUGUCAACAUCUGGAUCAAAGAAAUCCAACAAGGACGGCGGAGGGUUGUUCAGUAAGAUUGCGAUGGGUGGCAAGGAUAAGCAAAAGGACCAUCAUUACUUGAAGUCUCAGCAGCAGAAUCAGCAGCAACAGCAACAUUAUUCCGCUAUGCAGCACCAUGGCACCAAGUCAUCGACAUUGACGGGGCACUCUUCGUCACCUACAAAGUCGUUCUCGGGGCCGGUCUUCCCCUCCUUGGUGUCGACUUUGAGCAGUAGGGAUAAGGACAAGGAUAAGGAUGCGAAUAAGAGUAGUUCGCUCUCUCAGCAGCCCAUGGGAGGGUGCAUUCCUUUCCUCGGUGUGUACUUGUCAGACCUGCUGUUCAACACUGAGUUGCCAUCCUAUGUUGAACCCAAGGUCCCUGCAGCCAUCGACAUGUACCCUCCUCCUCCUCCUCUUCAAACAGCCGAGUACCUUUCCAGCACGACAACUUCUGACCCCUUGAACCGCUUGUCGACCUUUGAUGCCAGUUCUUCAUCCCACUCUUCCACAUCCUCACCCGGCGUAUCCAAUAAUCAUAUUCAAGGCGAUCAUCAUCACCUCGACGCCGCCGCCGCCGCUGCGGCUACAAUCGAUCCUCUUGCCACAGCACCAGCCGUCAUCGACGGCUUCACAUCCCCAUCAUCCUCCCUUCCGGCGUCGUCCCCCUCAUUGUCUUUGACACUCUCCAUGUCUACAUCCUCGACCUCGACCUCCUCAGCUCCUCCGACCCAAGUCUUGCCCACGCUCCCAUCCUCCUCCUCCUCCUCCUCCUCCUCCUCCGAGCAACAGCAGGUGCCAUGGAUGAUCAACAUGCACAAACACCGCACGAUCGCAACCAUCAUCCGCAGGAUCUUGACCUUCCAAAAGAUGGCCGGCCGAUACCCCUUCCUCCACGACACCGAGGUCUAUGAAUCCCUCACGAAUGCGAUCGAGUCCCCCACAGAGCAGCUUUCAGAUUCGGAGAGGGAGCGAUUGAGUGAUUUGUGUGAGGAACGGUUUAGUAUGGUCGGUCCUUUGGGACCCUUGUCACCGUCCGAGAGUUUGAAUUCUGGAUUGACGUCUCCAGCAUUCCCGCGUUAA